GAAACGGAGAGCAUUUGGUGGGGGUGUUGCAGGGGGCAACCGAAUGCAGUGUUCAGCUGGUCAUAGGAACAGAGUCCAUCGGAGCGAUUCACAAAGCACUGACGCAUGGACCAGUGCACAGAUGCACCAUAGGUGUGAAAGUGUUGGAGAAGGGAGGCACUGACACACUGCAUGACUGCACUUUAUAGAUUUGAGUAUUAAAGGUGAUAGAUACGCAGGGAGAGAAGCACUGCAGCUGUCCUCCAGUGAUGUUAGCCAUAAGAGCAGCCCUUCUUCUCUGGAGCUGCAGCAGCCAAGCAGCAAACAUCAGGGACCUCUGGGCCCAGUGUCCCUACAAGGUUUGUAAGGACAAAUUUGCAGAUGGAUUCUGUGACCAAGAAUGCUUUCAACCUGAGUGCCUGCAAGAUGGAUUUGACUGCCUGACUGGACAGAAAUCCUGCGAGUCAAGUUACACUGCGUACUGCAGACGCUUUUAUGCAAACUCACACUGUGAGCAGGGGUGUAACACUGCCCCCUGUGGCUGGGACGGGAGCGACUGCCUGCGAGACCACAGCUAUCGCUGGGCGAAGGGCACCUUGAUCAUUCAUGCCGAAAUUCCACCCAAGCAAGUCUCAGAGCAGAACAUAUCCUUCCUCUGGGACCUCAGCACCAUCCUCCAGAGCACGCUAAUGCUGCGUGGAAUCGCCCCCUUUGACAGCAGUCAGCAGCUGUUUGCCCUGGACCCCCAGGAGCUAGCAGAUCUGCUAAACAAGGAGCCCCCACCCAGCUGCAAUGGUUCACUGCUGUUUCUCCAAGUCGACAACAGGCCGUGCUCCCAGGUCCCUCCCACCUGCUUCCCAUUCGCGGCACAAGCCGCCAACUUCCUGCGCGCUAUGAAGGCAUCCAAUCGCCUGUCACUUGUUCGACAAGUACUGGAAGUGCGUGGAGUGUCAGAGGAACUGGGGUACAGGGAGGAGGACAGAGGUAAUGAGGAUGGCCCCCCAUCGUGGCUGUGGGCUGUGGUCGGCGUGGCGACCUGCCUCGUGCUGGCUUUGGUCCUGCUGGUGGUCCUGGUGGCGAGACGGAUGCAGAGGCGGAGACGGGGGAGGCAGGGAGGGGAGAGGGCCAAAAGCGUAUCUACGGUUACGGACCAAAUCCACCACAGUCCCCCGUGGACCCUGCACACGCCACACAGAGGAGAACGAGCGAGACGGGGGAAGGAGAAGGAGAGGAACAGCCCCAAGAAGAAGAAGAAAGGAAAAGAGGCAGGCAAGAGACGGAGCGAGCCGCUGGGGGAGGACGCCAUUCGACUGCGGCCCCUCAAAAAGGACUUGGAUAUUGGAAGCGAUACUGACAUCACUCAAAGCUCCAUGGAGGACGUCAGCAGCAAACGGCCACAGCGGCAGGAUAACUCCAUCCGCGACCAUCGGCCUCAGGAGCAAAAGAACUUGCGGGUCGCAAACAGCAGCAUGCAGUCCCCAAGCCAAGGUGCAUCUAGAGGAUGGGAAAGAACCCCAAACCCAACACAAAGCAGGACAUUCAGCAACUCUACCCCAGUUCAGUGGUGUGGUCCAGAUGGAUCCGUGGUCUUGAUUCGUGCAGUCAGAAGUGGACUGGACCGGGUGGUACUGGAGCUGCUGAGAGCUGGAGUGCCAGUCAACAACACAGACCACACCGGGAGGUCUGCCCUUCACUGGGCAUGCUCAGUUAACCACCUCAUCCUUGCUCGGACCCUCAUUCGCUAUGGUGCAGCGGUGGACUUACAAGACUACAAGGGAGAGACCGCUCUGUUUCUGUCUGCACUGCAUGGCUGCUGUGACACUGCCAGGUUCCUCCUGCUCCACGGAGCCAAUCAGGAUCUGUCUGACUGGUGCGGCCGAUGUCCGCUCGACGUCGCCCGUGAGGGAUUACAUCAGCAGGUUGUGGAGCUUCUGUUGGCUCACAGACCUCAAAGCACAGCCGCUCAGAUGUCUCCAGACAGUGACGUGUCAUGGAAUGACCAUGCUGCCCCACACAAUCAAUGGGCCGCAAAUCCUGGCCUUCCAGGGCGAAGUGCAUCGUUUUCUGGGGUCAUAGGUUACCGGCAGACACCAGCGCAGCAUCCCAGCAACUGCUCGAUGAGCAGAGGCCGUUGUCCUUCCCCCCAGCAAUGGCGCCCCCAGUCAAACCAAUCAGUCACAGCGUUGGUCUCUCCAAGAGUCCUUGGUGGCCCGUCUCGCCUCAUUAGCACGCUACCGGAGGUCACCUCAGAAGAAGAGGAUGGUGAAAGAGAACAGGAAGUUGCCCGAGCAGUCACCCCCCACUUCCUGCACCCCCAGCCCACAGCCAGGCAACGGUCCUUCUCGUGCACUCAGCACACCCUGCAGCGCCGCUCAAGUAAUAACCAGCUGGAAAAUUCCUUGGCCCCCAUGCCGGUGAAAACAGCCAACGAGUGCGAUGAAAAAGUGAUUCCGGUCACCGUCGCUGAAGCUUCCAGGCUACUGGAAGCCACAAUGGGAGCCGAUCUCUCCGCAAAGGCCGAGCCAGGCCGCGAGACUGGAAAUGGCCAAAACUGCAGUCAGAAAGUGCACCGUGGCAAAAUGAACUCCAGCAGAGCUCCUGAUUCUGAGACCCCUGCUCAAACAGUCCUGUGAGAGACUCACUGCUUGCAGAACAAAAAUGUCACACUCCUACAAUCAAUGAAGAGCACAUGCUUUUGGACCAGCUUAAUGUCUGAAACAUAAGCGCCGACUUCAUGCAGUUAGUACAUUUCUUCCGGCGUGCGAGUACUUUUGAAUCUGUUCGGAUAUUAGUGAUUCCAUGGUGACAAUAACAAACAGUAAGCUAACAGGGUAUUCUAACAACAUGUCAUGGUGCGUACGUAGCACGAUUGGUGCAUUUAGAAGCCAGAUUCUUCAAAAAUUGUUAUAAAAGGAUGAAAAUUAAGAAACUGUAAUGGACCAAAGACCCAGUGUAGACUUCCUGCUUAAGCCCUAAUGCCAGUUUUCAUUGCUACAAGGGAUCCUUUUGUCAAACUGCUGCGAAUCCUUUGCUUUUUUGAAUGCUUAUUUCCUUUUGGUUACUUCUCCUCUUCCAUGAUUCACUAUUUGCUCGGUGUCUUUGUUCUGCAUCAGUUCCGAAUUCCAUCACUCUAAUCUUUCAUUGGUUCUACAGUUAAAAGAUAAAGGCGAGAAGCUUCAGAAGCAGUUUGUAAUUUGAUGAGAAAAUUUCAGAUGCUCACUGUCUUAUGGGCUUUUGUUAAUGUGUUUAGAUGAAGUUCUGUACUAUUUGAGAAUAUUGGUUUUUGCAUUUACUGAAAAUGAUAGUACUGCCCCCUUAGGGAGGGUCUUAGAGAUACAUUUGAUUAAAAAGUGAAGUGUUUCACUCAAAAAAUUCUGAAUUACAAUAAACCGAUCAUUCUAUCCCCAGAA